GUAUUGCACCGAGCCGCGCCGCGCCGCGAUGAUGCCCAGCAGGACCGCGCGCAAGGCCGCGCCGCCCGGCGCCCCGGCAGAGCAGGAAGCCGUGGCCGAGUGCGCCGUGCAGCUGCGCCACAUCGGGGACAAGUGGAACCUGCGCCAGAAGGUCCUCAACCUCCUCGCGAAACUGUUCUGCCUGGAGACGUGAGCGGCCUCCGCGAGGGCGCCCGCUGGGCUCGCGCGGUCGGAUCGAGAGACUUCGCUGACGCCGGGGACACGGAGAAAAACCUCUUUGCCGUUGUAUUUCGCUGCCUGCAGCCGCUGAAGGAAGGCCGCCAAAACCCGAUUCCUUCGGAAACUACUACAGCCAUCCUAGAUGCACGUGGAUAACUGGGAACACUGGGUGGAAACCAAGAUAAGGCCGCGGGGCGCUCCCGAGCGCCGGUUCCCGCGCGCGGCCGGCCGUCGGGGCGGAGCGCCUCCGGGAACCAGCCAAACCCGUCCGUCUCCGGGAGAUGGGUGCCGGAAGCCGGGUGCCUCGGCUCGAACUGUUCGUCUCUCCUGAAGCGCAGAGUCUGCUGGACAGCGAUCUGCUGUUGGGAUUAUUUCACUUCUUAAUUUAAAAAGUUAUUCUUUAUUGGAAGGUUAUUUGUUAUAGGAUGUUGCCUCACUGGCUAGUAAUUACAAUUCUGUGAAUUAACAUGAUAUUGCGUAAUUCUAGUCUAUAUUAUAUUUUAUAUAUAUGUGUGUAUAUAUAUUUACAUAUCUAUAUAAAUAUAUAUAUAUAUAUGUGCACCCUCACUUGUAUGAGAUGAGUAUUUCAUGGAACUAUUCAUUGGGUGUUAUAUGUUUAGGCUCAAAAAGUAGUAUGAAGAACUGUUCAAGUCAUGACAAAAAUACGUCCUAUUAACUAAAAGAAAGUGUAAUGCUUUCUGAUAAUAAAUACUUAAUGCAUUGCUGAGGGGAGCAUUCUUUAGUAUAUCGUUCAACAUGGAAAGGGAUACAUUAUACAGAGAAAUACAGCUAUUAAGGUAUGUGCAUUUGGUGAAGGGAUUAUUUCAAUAUUAAAAAGAACUUCUUAAGAACAAUACAAUACUGCUGUGUAUUUUUAUAAGGACCAGUAAUUUAUCAAUAGAAGUUGAUGUUAUUGUUGAAUCUGAGGCUUUUUUGGGGAACAUUAUUUUUUUCAAAGAAAGCAACUACCUCUCUUUAAAGAAAUAAUGUCACUAAAAUUGAAUGUUACAGUUAGCACAAGAAAGCAACCUUGGAUUUCUCAAUGUGCAACGAUGCUUUUAGGUGAAGGCUCUUCCCUUCUGCUUUAUUGCCAUUUCAUUUCAUGGCAGCUUCAUUUCGGUUUGGAAUGGAAAAGCUGCUGUAAUUCAUCCAGUGGAUGGUGAUGCCUGUCUCACUGAACGGUUACGCUUGCCUGGCUUCGAGGGAGCUGCAGCAAGCACGCUGACUCACAGCAAGGCAAACAGCAACGCUUCUGGUCAAGCAUGUCAGACAUGACUUUAAGCAGUAUUUUUCAGGAGUGUAAGCUGGCAAGAAAAUGGCUAUAACUGAGUAGGUUUUGUAACUGCCUUCAAGUCUGUAUGUAGACAUGUGCAAAAUAACCAUUUCUCUUAGGAAUUUAGCAGGAAAUGUAACUUUAAGUCGUAUUCUUGCUUAAUUGUGCAUAUUUGUACCUUUUGAAUUCUGGGUCAGUUAAAGUUACAUUCUUUCCUGCUCAGUAAAUUCUUGUUCAUAUUUAUAAUGAUUUUUUUCAUCAGUUCUUCUGAAGCUGCCUUUGCAAAUUUGUCAUUAUGUAGCUCUUUAAACCCCAUCACAACUGACUAUGGGACUAUUAUUUGUUGACACUGAUUUUGCUUAGCAGAAGGUGACUCCAUCUCCUUUCUGUGUAUAGGGCUUAACCCAGCUCCAGUGACACUACUGGGAGCUUUGCUGUUUGCUUGAACCAGAGGCUGGUUCCUUCCUCCCCUGAGCCAGCUAAUGCUUCUUCAGUGAGAAUAUUCUGUUUCAAGAAUAAUUGUUAUUUGUUUUACCACUGCGAAGUAAUGAUGUUUGUUUUGCUGACAUGUACAGAAGAAGUCAUUUUUUCAGGUAUUAAAAAGUAAAUGCAAAGAGUUUCUGUUAGGCUGAACACCAGCUUCCAGGCUAGCUCCAUGUGCAACUUAGCAGAGCUGUUGGCUAACAGCAGUCCUGAACUCAGCCAAAAGCCUGGUGCAUCUCCUGGGUUUGAUGGAGUCCCAAAAUCCUUAUCAAGCCUUCAGGAAGCUAAGCAGUGAUUAGGCCUGACUGGGACGCUCAGGAAAAAUCAGCAUUAGUAUUCGCAUUAAUAACUAAAAUGUAUUUGAAUAGAAGUGUUCUGCUUGAUGUGCUGCUUUAAAAUUCAGUAGGAAGCUUGGUGUAAGGCCAUAGAGCCCAGCCACGAUUUCAAGAUGUAGCAUGUGUGAAUGUUAUGAAACUUAGGGGGGUGUGUUUUCCUCGAGAUAUUUGAGUUGAGUAGUACUGCAGUAUUUUUUUGUCUAGAUCUGUAAGGACUAUUUAUUUUUCAUGAAAUGUUUCUACGUUGCUGCGAGGGUUUUCCAGAGUGCUAGCACUCACUGUGAGCUCAGGAAAAUGACCUAGAUCCAAAUGACCAAUGCCAGUAUAUGAGCAAGAGCUUGAUGUCUUCCCUAGGCACUGAGACCUCGUGUUACUUCUCCAAACGAUCUGCUGUAUGAUUGUAUCAACAUGAGCUUGUUUUUCUUAAGGCCUAUUUUGGAGGCAGGCCAGAUGUUUCUGUGUCUGCUGCAGGCACGUAUGUCUUGAAUUCUUGUUGAGAUAAUAAAUAUG